UGACUAUUUUUGUACAUUUUCUGUCACUAAGUUCUUUACCAGAUACCAGAGCUUGUAAACUUGUAGCAGCAGUUAUGUUAUAUAAACAAAGGUUGUUUUGGAGCCGAGUUAUGUAACUUGUUUAAUAUGAUAAAAUGUAAAAAGGCUGGCAGGCAGGAGGCUCGGUGUGACACCUGAGGACACCUGUUUCUCACAGGCCAUCCACCGUUUAUUUGCGUACGUCCAGCAGGUGUGACCCCGAUGCAGCUGUGGUCGAUAUUCACCAUCCGCAGGUCACACGCCGUGGUUCAACACCCUAACCGUGGUCUGUCUCUGUUUUGUAUGAAACCACUGACAGGGAAGGUAGCCGCCUCGAGGAAUUUUCCGUUUCCCACUUCAUUUGCCAGGGGGUUUGUCCACAUCACGCUCGGUUUCCAGCGGUAGUAAGUAUAUCUUUGGCCGCCGAAGCUGAAUUUAGUCUUGCAGGAGUUGGAUCGCAAGGCAAGUGGAGGUCAUGCUUUAGCUAUUCUGAAGUAACGUCAUCUGACAUCUGUAGAGAGACUUGUUGACAUCAUGACAUCCAAGGAUACUACAGCGAAGAGUCUCCCUCCAUCAGUCCGGCCCACUCUGGUCAUGUUUCUCAUUCUUGUGCCAGCUCUGUGCGGUGCCAUCGAUGUGAACUGCUCCGAGCCGACCCAACCGGCCCUGCUGGAGGCUCUGGCCCCCAUAUUUAAUCUGAGCGCCAUACGACCCGUCAUGAGCAUGACAACCGCCACCAACGUUAGCACCUACUUCACCUUGUACGGUAUACUUGGAGUGGAUGAAAAGGCUCAACUCCUGAUCACAUUCCUUUGGCUAAAUUAUUGGUGGGUGAACGAGUAUGUCAGCUGGGACCCGGUCCAGUGCGGCACCAAUAAGAUUUCUCUUCCCAGAGACAAAUUUUGGGUACCAGACAUUGUAAUCAAUGAAUUCAUGGAUGAAAACACAGCCCCCAAAGUCCCGUAUGUCUACCUGUACAGCACUGGGGUGGUGCACGACGCUAAACCAGUCAGAGUUGUCAGCUCCUGUAACCUCGACAUCUACACCUUCCCCUUCGACAUACAGAACUGCACUUUGACUUUUAACUCCUACCUCCACUAUUCGACGGACAUAGAAAUUUUCCUGGGGAAGACUGCAGAAAACAUCACAAAGUACUCUAAGCAGGUGAUUACCACCAUGGGGGAGUGGGAGCUGCUGGACAUCACCUCCCACAAAAACAUCAUAAGUUCUUCAAGCGGUCCACACAUUGAUGAGCUCGUAUUUCAUAUCAGAGUAAGGCGCCGGGCCACCCUGUAUGUGGUGAACCUGCUGAUCCCCAGCUGCUUCCUCAUCACAGUGGACCUCUUCAGCUUCCUGCUGCCCCCACAGGCUGUGGACCGGUCCUCCUUCAAGAUGACCCUCAUCCUGGGCUACACUGUCUUCCUGCUCAUCAUGAACGACCUGCUGCCCAUCACUGGAAACACUAUACCUCUCAUAAACGUGUUCUUCUCUCUCUGCCUGGCUCUGAUGGUGGCCAGUCUGCUGGAGACUAUCCUCGUCACCAAUCUGUUGAGCUGCUCUGCUAACUUCUCUUCCGUCCCUCGCUGGGUCCAAGUGUUUGUUCUGCAGAUUCUGGCCCUUCUCGUUUGCAUGCCUCGGAAGACUAAAGAAACAAAGGGUUCUGGUAAACAGUUUUGUGAGCGGGACAUGAAACUCAACACUGUGGUUGCACAGCAAAAAGCUGCUGAUGGGCUUCCAGGGGAAAAGGGGCCAGCGGUGGACAGCAUGGCCGUCCAAGAGCUGAGGAGCCUGGGCAGGGACCUCCAGGCCAUCCGCCUCCACGUGGAGCAGCAGCAGGGGGACAGCAAGAGCUCGGAGGAGUGGAUUCAGUGUCGCCUGUUGAAAGUCAAGCCCCCUAAGCUUCUGUUCAUCUUCAUCUCUGUACUCAUGCACGCUCCAUGCAGCUCCUUAAUGGUGAACUGCUCUCAACCCGACCUGCCGUCUUUGCUGGAGGCUCUGACACCGGUCUUCACCCUGAGCUCCAUUCGACCUGUCAUGAACACGUCGACCCCCACCCGCGUCAGCAUCGACUUCACCAUGUACGGCAUUUUGGGAGUGGACGAAAAGGCCCAAAUCCUGACGACGUACAUCUGGCAAGAUUUAACAUGGAGAAAUGAGUUUGUCGAAUGGGACCCAGAACAGUGCGGUUCUGCAUGGAUUACAAUUCCAAGAAAACUGCUCUGGACACCAGAUGUGGUCAUCAAUGAAUGCAUGGAGCAGAACUCAGCUCCAUUUGUCCCGUACACUUAUGUGUAUCACGAUGGCUUCGUGUAUGAUGGACAGCCCGUCAGAGUGGUCAGCUCCUGCAGGCUCGACAUCUACACGUUUCCAUUCGACACCCAGAACUGCAGCUUCACCUUCAACUCCUACUUACUUCGUAUGGCUGCUAUGGAGAUUCGCCACACGUUAACUGCAGAGGAAAUCUUACAAUAUUCUAAAGACGUGAUGGCGACCAUGGGGGAGUGGUACCUGGUUGGACUCACGGCUGAGACAUUACAUUCCGCAGCCUCGGAUGGAGAGGCUUACCAAUUUGUUCGCUUUUUUGUCUCGGUGAAGCGUCGGUCCACCCUGUAUGUGGUGAACCUGCUGAUCCCCAGCUGCCUCCUCAUCACAGUGGACCUGUUCAGCUUCCUGCUGUCUCCCCACAGCGGCGACCGCUCCUUUUUCAAGGUGACCCUCAUCCUGGGCUACACGGUCUUCCUGCUCAUCAUGAACGACCUGCUGCCCGUCAGUGGAGACAGAAUACCUCUCAUGAAUGUCUUCCUGUGUCUGUGCCUGGCUCUGAUGAUGACCAGUCUACUGGAGACCAUCCUCAUCACCAACCUGCUGUUUGGCUCCGCUCACUACUCUCCGGUCCCCCGCUGGGUCCGAGUGUUUGUUCUCCACAUCCUGGGUCGCCUGGUCUGGCUUCCUCCAAAGUCCAGAAUGCAGGAGACCACCGUCAUCCAAAAUCCUGCUGCUCAAGAUAUAAACGUCCCCUCUCGGGUGGAAGAGAACAACGAGGCUCCGGAACAGAAGGGGCCACUGGAUGAGGACAAGGCCCUGCAGGAGCUGAGGAGCCUGGGCAGAGACCUUGAGGCCCUCAAACUUCAGAUGAAGCGGCAGCUGAGUGCAGAGGAGUGGAUCCAGGUUGGUUUCAUCAUAGACCGCCUGCUGUUCCUCCUCUACAUCCUCUUCAUAUCCGCCAGCUUCAUUACUAUAAUCUUCUUCUGGCUGAAAUAAUACCAAUUAUAAUCUGUUAACAAGCUUUGUCAAAUUACUUAACUUAUAUAUUUGACACCUGGGUUAGGGUUAGGGUUAGGGUUACCUGAGACCUCUGUUAUAAUCUAUUUAAAUGUUUUAAAUGUUAUUUUAUUUAAAAUGAUCUUGUUUACAAGAAAUUCCUGCUGACUCCUCUCUACAAGCGUGUAGACUUACAGUUGACA